GUACAAAAACACACCAAAUUACAACAUUACAUAACCUCAAUUACUCUCCGUUUCUUCUUCUACAUCACGCCUCCCCCCAACCCUCAAACCUCAAAAAACCCUUUCCUCUCACUUACAAUCUAAUGGAAGACGACGACGAAUUCGGAGAUCUUUACACCGACGUGUUGCGUCCGUUCUCCUCUUCUUUGUCUUCUGCUCCGCCGCCUCAUCAACCUCCCGCACCGUCUGUCCACCGUCCGAUUGAUCUCAAUCUCGACCAAGAUGGCGAUCAAGACAACGGCGAAGAGAUAUCUACAGUGGCCAAGAAUUCUUCGAAUAAUAAUAUUAAUAUUAGUAUUAGUAAUAACGAUAAUUCAGGAAUUAGGGUUUUGAGUUCUUCUGCCGAUGUUAAAUUACCUAAGCACUCUCCAGAUUUAGGUCAAUUUCAAUCUGAUGAUACUCAGCAAGACAAAGAUAUGAGCUUCGACAUUGAGCAAGAACAAGAAGAUGAUAAUUCUGGUCCGUUAAUUCCGGGGCUUACGGUUGCUGCUGGUGGCGAUGGUGGUGGUGCGGAUGAUAGCUCUCCUGCUGAGAAAGAAGCUGCUGACGUGUCUGCUCGUGGCGGCGGUGAAGAUUGGGAGGAAGAAGAUAGUGACAGCGAAGAUGAUUUGCAGAUUGUGCUGAAUGAUAAUGGACCCAUGGGGAUGGACAGAGGAGGGAUGAUUGGUGAUGCUGAUGAUGACGAUGAUGAGGAUCCGCUUGUGAUUGUGGCUGAUGGAGAUGCAAAUCAAGCUACGAUGGAAGAGCAAGAUUGGGGCGGCGUGGGAGAAGAUGGUGCAGCUGCCACGGGGACAGGAGCUGAAGUUGAGAGGAAGGAAGGUGGUGCUGAGACAGCUGGAAAAAGUGGGAAUUUGCCGAAGAUUGGGUAUAGCAAUCAUGUAUAUCAUCCUCACCCGUUUCAUUCUCAGUUUAAGUAUGUGAGACCUGGUGCAGCACCAAUGCCUGGCGCUCCCGCUGCUGGUCCUGGAGGAGUCCAAAGCCAAGUUCGCCCUCCUAUUAAUAUGGCUCCUAUAGCUGGUCGUGGUAGGGGUGAUUGGCGGCCAGCAGGAAUGAAGAAUGCUCCUGGAAUGCAGAAGGGUUACCAUCCUGGUUUUGGAAUGCCUUGGGGUAACAACAUGGCAGGGCGGGGCUUUGGGAGUGGACUGGAAUUCACCCUUCCUUCACACAAGACCAUAUUUGACGUUGACAUUGAUAGUUUUGAGGAAAAGCCAUGGAAAUAUCCUGGUGUAGAUAUGUCAGACUUCUUCAACUUUGGUUUGAAUGAGGACAGCUGGAAAGAUUAUUGCAAGCAAUUGGAACAACACCGGUUAGAGACCACCAUGCAAAGCAAAAUUCGUGUUUAUGAGAGUGGACGUGCAGAGCAGGAAUAUGACCCAGAUAUGCCUCCAGAAUUAGCUGCAGCAGCAGGCAUGCAUGAUAUUUCAGUUGAGAACUCAAAUUUUGGAAAGUGCGAUGCCCUACAAAGUGAUUUGACAAAAGGACUUACUCGCAUGCGGCCACCACUACCAACUGGACGAGCAAUACAAGUUGAAGGAGGCUACGGUGAGCGCCUCCCCUCUAUUGAUACCCGACCACCUCGGAAUCGUGAUUCUGAUGCAAUCAUUGAGAUUGUUUUGCAGGACUCUCUAGAUGAUGAUUCCUCCACUGGAAAUGGUGGUAUGGAGGGUGCCAACAAUGAUAUGUCCAGAGAUGAAUUCAGAGCAAGUCCUUCACAUGAGAACGACAUGGCACGGAUAGAAACUGACUGUUACAAUGAUGGUUUUCCACUAGGUUACAAUGGGCGAAAGGCCGGGAGGAGGGCACCAUUUAGUGAUCCUGCUCGAAAUAAUGUACCUGAUGGAGAUGGGAUGGUACCCUUCCAUCCUAAAGCUCCUUCUCAACACCAUCUUGGUUCUAGGGGACGACCUGAUAUGUUACCGGGCGAGGAUUUUGGACCUGCUGAUGAUGAAAGGCGGAGUCAUGUAAAAACAGAUGAUAAUUCCACUGAUUCCACUCCUAAUCGAGGUGCCCAAGAUAAAAGAUUUAUUGAUAAUGUUGAGGAAGAAUCAGUUGAAAGCAUGGAUGGGAAACACAGUCCUCUUGUAUUAUCCUCCAAGGCCCUUAGGGAUGCAAGGGAACUGAGUGCUGAGGACAAAGAUGCUGCUGUGUCUGGCAAGCCUGUUUCUGCUGAGCUAAGUUCUGGAAUGGAAGGGGAUGAGAUGACCGAGAAUGAUGUAACCACAAAAGAUGGCAUAAAAGAUGGAGAUGCACAUCAUUCCAUGAAAAAACAAAAAUUAAUUUCCCAUGGUGAACCGUCUGCGCUGCGAGAACUUGAUGAUAGAGAGGACUCUAAGGCUGCAAAAAGCAGUGAAAAUAGCAAAGCAAGAUCAGGUAGCAGCAAAGAUUAUCAGAAAUGGCAGGAUGAUGUAGAGGAAGAAGUUGUGCAAGAUGGUCGUCCUAGACACACAGGAAGUAUGAAGAGGCAUGUUGACGACUAUGAAUUGAAUUUGCGAAGAAAGGAGAGUGAUGCAAGGCAAGAGAUGGAAAGAACUUACAUGGUAAGAAAAGGUAGGGAGGGAUCUUAUCCUCAUAGAGACUUGGAUCCCAGCUUUGCACAUCAUCCUCAUGCGAAAAAUGAGGUUUAUGACAGGCGCAAGGAGCGAGAAAAUUCUGAUGGAGGUUGGUUGCGGAGAGAGGAAGAUUUCCACGGUAGAAAAGGUAGACCUGAAGAUACAAGGAAAAGAGAAAGGGUAGAAGAAAUGGCCUCAAGGCACAAAAGUAAGGUUCGGGAUGGGGAUAGGAGUGACAAAGAGGAGCAUCUUCAUUCAAGAAAACAGCUGGAUAAUGGUAGCUAUAGGAUUCAUCAUGACAAAGAUGGUAGCUCCCGGCGUAGGGAAAGAGAGGAUAGUUUGAAGAUUAGGCAUGACAUUGCAGAUGAUUAUCACAACAAGAGAAGGAAAGAUGAAGAGUUUGUAAGGAGGGAUCAUGCUGACAAAGAGGAUAAUUUGCAUGGCCACAGAGAAACCAUUAGCCGUCGAAGGCGAGAAAGAAAUGAUGUAUUGGACCCUAGAAAGAGAGAUGAUCAUCUAAGAGUAAGAGAUGGUCUUGAUGAUUAUCAUUCUGCUAGGCACAAAGAGGAGGUCUGGCUCCCGAGGGAAAGGGGUGAAAGGCAAAGGGAGAGGGAUGGGACGUAUCGGCUAAAACAACCCCAUGAAGAAAAUUUAUCAAAGCGAGAAAAAGAAGAAGGACGAGGGACUGCAAAGACCGGACGUGGUACAGAUGAUAAAGCAUGGAUUAACCAUUCUGGGGUAAAGGAUGAAUACAGAAGUUCUGAAAAGGAGUACCAAUUAAAAGACGCAGUUCGAAACAGCGAACAUCAGAAGGGGAGGGAUAGAGUGGAAGAUGACGGUUUUUCACAUCAUAGAGGACGUGAUGAUGUUUAUGCACGAGCAAACCAAUUUAGCAAUGAGGAGAGGAGAUCCAGGCAAGAAAGAUCAAGCAUUCGUGUUGAUCGCGCCGUCGACAGUCCGGAUAACCAAAGGGUUCAUGAGAGAAAACAUAAAGAUAACAUUAGAAAGAAUAAAGAAUCUGAGGGUGGAGAUCAUAGCACUCUGGGUUCAUCCAGAAGAAAUCAAGAUCAGAUUGUUCACUCUAGUGAAAUGGGGAUUAAGGGACCGGCCGAGCAAGGAAAUGGAAAGAAUGACAUUUCUACGCAACGUAAUUCUUCCAAAAGACACAAAGAAGAUGUCUCUUCAGACGAGGAACAGCAAGGGAGAGGACGAUCGAAGUUGGAACGUUGGACAAGCCAUAAGGAGAGAGAUUACAGUAUCAACAAUAAGGCCUCAGCUUCGUUGAAGUCCAAAGAGGUGGAUAGGAAUAACAACAGCAAAUCUGCAGAAGCAAAUAAACCUCCUGAAGAACAACCAAAGAGGCUUCAGGCUGUUGAGAAGCCUGAAGUAAAAGACACUGGUGAUGUGGAGAACAAGGAUAGCGAGACAAAACCGGUGGAGGAUCGUCACUUAGAUACGGUGGAGAAGUUGAAGAAGCGAAGUGAGCGCUUCAAACUUCCAAUGCCAAGUGAGAAGGAUGUAGUGGCAGUUAAAAAAAUGGAGAAUGAACCACUGCCAUCCGUCAAAUCUGAUACUCCUGUCAACUUGGAGAUCAAACCAGAGCGGCCAACUCGCAAACGGAGGUGGAUUAGUAGCUAAAAGUGAAAUCAUUAGAAGCAUUUUUGGGUCCGUUGCUUUCAACAGCGAGGAAUCUACCAAUCGGCUAAAUUCUUUCCUGCAUCACCCUGGAAGAUCCUGCAGCUCGGUGAUGUUACGAUAUCUUUAGGCUUCCUGGGACGCCCUUGUACCUCAGUGGAAGUUAUUAAAUAAUUUUGUUGCCUUAUCACUGCCAUACUUAUUUAAAAUGCUGUGUACAUACUGACAGAUGUAACAUUGAACUUGUCACCUUUCGGUGGCACAGAGUAUCUUUGAUGUCCGUUAAUUGGAUUGCUACAGAUUGAAUCUUGCCAGACCUGCAAAAUGGUGCUAACAGUAUGUUAGCCAUGAGAGAACCAGGUGCUGUUUUUGGUGAAGGCACAUUCGAUAUUGAGCCGAUAUCUUCGGUUGGAGAUGGCAUUUUGAUGCUGAAAGAUCGCUAACAGAGGUUGCUCGAAUGAAGCAACAAUAGCAUUUUCUAUAUCUUUCGAUGCCACUUGUGAAACAGUUAUAAAUUGUAUGUACUAGAUUAUAAUAUGUGGAUCUACCAUUUUCCUGUUUUAGCUUUUCUUGUGGCAGGAAGAUAAAAAAAAGAUGCAGGUUGCUCCUUUGUAUUUUAGAAAUGAGUUAUAGAGAUAAUGAAAAAUGAUAGAUUUACUCA